UUUUUGGGUGAACUAACCCUUUAAUUUCAUGGAGUGUACAUGGCUUUUCACAGCACUGUACUGUAUCAAAAGCAAAGGUAAAUUUAUGUAAUAUUUAAGUAAUAUUUUGCAUAGUGGCACAUCUAUGAAAGCAUCCCACAGCAACAAGAGCUCUUGUUGCUGUUCCCUCUCCUAGUAACCAAGUCAUCUCUUGAUAAUAAAUGUCAGUGAAACCAGCUCCCACCCCAGCGAUACAAAGCAUGGCAUCAGGGGAGGGAAAGCGACUGUAAGAAAGAGACAUUGGUUAGCGUACAAAAACACACGUGCAGCGUAAAAGCAGGUCGUGCUAAAUGGUGACAAAGCUGAGUCAAGAGUUUUUUCUGACCUGUGACUUUAAACUGUCCCACAAUGGAACCUGCGCUCACGUUUGAAAAGGCACAAACCGCUUCAUCUUGAAAGAAAACAGAGGGGCUGGACCGGUUAAUUCAGAAGAGGACGACUCUGGAAGUCUCUACUGAAGAUUAAAAGCUCUGUGGUAUCACAGCUUCCUCCAUCAUGUCAGAGACUCAACCAACCCCUGCACAAACUGAGGUGCCUUCAGAGUCUCCAGAGGUGGAGUGUCCUGUUUGCUAUCAGGAGUACGACCAGGACUCCAAACUCCCACGCAUGCUGGAAUGCCUUCACGUCUUCUGUACGGAGUGUCUCCGCAAAAUCCAGCUCACUCCUUUGCACCCGCCUGACCCCAACAGCACCCCCUCAAUCUCCUGCCCCCUGUGCCGCCACUCCACCCCGCUACAGGGUGGCGACACAUACUCUCUCCCCUGCAACUCACGGAUUCUCGCCCAGCUCCCUCCCGUAGCCUUUCGCCUGCCUGCGUCGGUGUCUGCCCGGCUGGCCACGGUGACCCAGCGGUUGGUUCUGUCCCUGGGGGAGAGGGAUACCCGCUUCAUAAUCCUGCCCACUGUUAGUCUGAGGGUGGAGCAGAUGGGAGACGGCACAGAAAGGGUAAACCCAGCUGGGGUGCUGCAUCGGGAGAUGGAGGUUCUGAGGAGUCACAAGAAGAGCCUGAUGUGUGUUCAGGUUCUGGCUAUCAUCUUCUGGAUUAUGUUUGUGCUGACUUGUGUUCUUGGGGUUGUGUUUGGGCCAAGCUUUUUCCACAAUUAGGAAAUUAAGGACAUGGGUGUAUAUCCCCUAUAUGUAUAUACAUUAAUAUAUUUAUUCUGUCCCUGCAUGUAACAAAAAUUAGAACUUUUAGAUCAUUAUAAAUAGAUAAUUUUGAUUACUUGUUUUUGUCAAUUCUGUCAACCGACAGGAUAAGCAAUUAAAUCUACAGUUGACCUAAAAAUAUUUGAACACAUAAAUGUUUGAAUGCCAUUGGAUUAAAUAAUAAAAUAUUAAGCAUUUAUUAGCAAUUUUAGAUAGCAUGAGCAGAGUUUAAGCAAAACAUUUUAGAGUAUAUAAAGUUUAAGAAUGUAACUGUAUGUAACUUUUGGCCCUCUAGCGGUUAAAAAACAAAACUGCAUGCAUUCUGCGGAAGGACAUCACAAUAUAUAAUGCUUUACAAUGAACUCUGUUAGAGAGCUACAUAUGGCAAUUUAUCUGUUCAAUAAAAUACCUUACUCACAUACUGAGUAAAAACACCAUCUCCUCGUCACUUUUACAACAUUUCAAAUCCCUCAGUUCUUGCCAUCUCCAAAAAGCCAAGCCAGUGUUUAUUCUCAUUUUAUUACAAGCUCUGUCACGUUCUCUUUUUGCCAGCAGAAUCUUCUCUGUUCAACUGUUCAAAAAAGUUACAUAUUGUACCUUUAAAAGAAAUGCAAAAAAUUGUGAGAUUAGAUCUGAGAAUAGCUCUGUAUUAUUGUGUUUAAUUCAAUUUAUUUUAUAUAUCAGGUUUAAACUUUUUAAUGUUCAAAUACUUUAUGGGCCCUCUCUAUGUUAGUUAAUUUUGUUCAAAUUACAAUGUGUGUAUAGUCUUACAAUAAUCUCUGUCCUUGACUGUUAUGUGAAUAUUUAUCUACAUAUUUUGUGAAUAAAGGGUAAUAUUCUCUCUUUUCUCUAACUUUAUGUACAGAAUGUUGUUUUAUGCAAACAUGAAGAGUAUAGAAAAGAAAUUUUUUGUUGUUGUUGUUGUUUGUUUGUUUAGAACAACAACAACAAUGAAUGGCAUUUGAAUGAAAUAAUUUUUAACUAGAAGUGACUGAAUCGUGGAGACUGUCCAGAAUGGGCUUUUUCAGAAAUGAUCAUGAGUCCCUCUUGUGGAUGAUACACAAGGAUACAUCUGUAAACGGUUUUGAUUGAUUGUACUUUAUCAAUUCAGAUGACUGAAAAUAUAUUUGCAUAUAAAAUCAGAGAUGAAUACUGUUAUCCUUUUUAGUCAAAAAGGAUAAAAGUUACAAACCUUUUUUGUGUACAUUGCCACCAAAAUUGCCCAGGAAAAGAAAAUAACCCUGAUAGCAAGGUUUGUUGUCACAAUACACGUGGCAAGUUGUAAAAAUGAGAAACUGAAGUUUAUUGACAAUGAUUUGAGAAUAAUUUGUUAGAAAAAUAAGGCCUAUCUGCAGUAAAACUCGACAUAUGUGCAUUUACAAUGUAUUAUAGGCUAGUAAAUAGCUUUAAUAAAAUAACAAAAAAUAGCUAUAUUGUGAUAGAAUUAUUAUGAGGAAAAGAUGCAACGUGAUGCAUCUAGAAUCAUUUUAUAAUUGAAAUGUUACUCUCUGAAACAUAAUUAAAUCGAAUCGUAAGGCAAGUGAGGAUUCACAAUUCUAG